AUGGGAUUACAAUUCGAAGAGGAUGGAACUCCGUACGUUAUGUGUGGUAAUGAAAAGGUCAAAUUGGAAAAAUUUCCGAUCACAGAGGAUUUCUAUGUAGAAAAAGCCAGAACUGAAUUACGAGAAACAGAGGAAAAUGUUGAACAGGCUUUGAAAGAAUUAAGGGAACUAUUGCAACAGGAAUCAAAUCUUCUGGUGCCAUUCGACAGCGAUGAGUUUCUAAUGAAAUUCCUGCGUCCAUCAAAAUUAUACGCGGAGAGCGCAUUUAAACGGAUACAAGCAUAUUACAAGUUCAGACUCUCUCAUAAGGACUACUGCUGUGACUUGUAUCCGAGUAAAGUGCGCUCGGCCUUCGACCAUUCCAUAGUGUCCAUCCUUUCGCCUCGAGAUCAACAUGGCCGCCGCAUCAUAUACGUGGAAUCUGGCGAACGUUGGAAUCAUCGUGAAGUACCCUUAAAGGAAGUUUUCCGAGGUAUACAGCUGGGUCUGGAGGGGGCGAUGGUUGAACCACGCACGCAAGUCUGUGGGGUGGCGGUCGUGCUUAACAUGAAGGGCCUGUCAUUUUCACAGAUAAUGCAAUUCACACCCUCGUUUGCCAAAAUGGUUGUUGAUUGGAUUCAGGAUUGCAUUCCAAUUCGUCUGAAAGGAGUACACGUGAUAAAUCAGCCUUAUAUAUUCAAUAUGUUGUUCGCUAUAUUCAAACCGUUUCUACGUGAAAAGUUACGAUCUAGAAUAUUCUUUCAUGGUUUCGACAAAGAGUCUUUAUUGAAACAUAUCCACACUAGUUCCUUGAUGAAAAGGGUUGGUGGAGACUUACCUGAUGAUGACAUAACUGGUGAAGUUCUGUGGAAGAUGCUCAAUCAUUAUGAAGAUGAAUUCAGACUGGCAAAUUCCUAUGGUUACGUGACUAAUAACAACGAAAUCAAGAAAUAA